UUACGUAAAACACCGUUCGUUUUGUCGUCGUUCUCGUGCCUCCCCGCGGACCAACAUUUAAAAGGACUCCGCUGGCGUAGUUUCUAGCUCGUUUUAAAUCCCCGUUCGCGAGUGAACGCCACCCCCGCUCGAAUACCAACGCGAGGAGUUUAGUGUUUAUGAAUUCCGCACUGUUGCUCCGUCGCACGCUGACGACAUCGAUUGGCACCGCCGCCGGUAAGCAGUUGUUAUCUAGGUCAUCAUCAUCGUCAUUACCGUCAGCUUCGGCGAUUCGCAAAUUCGGUCCGACAACGUUCGCCGCUCAAUCAAACGUCAGUAGUGUUGGUGGUGCUUUCGUCGGUGGUGCGCGUACAUCCUCGUUUUGGGCGGUCAACAGCAGCAGCGGCAGCAGAUCAAGCGGCUCCCUCCUAAUCAGUGAUAAUCGAAUCCUUCCGGUGGUGGUGGCAUUUGGCAAUCGCGGCAGAAAAAUGAGCGGAGACUCGAGCAAACCAAAGAUUGUGUUCGUACUGGGAGCGCCCGGCGCCGGCAAGGGAACCCAGUGCGAAAAGAUCGUGGAAACUUUCGGCUUCACGCAUCUGUCCGCCGGCGAUCUGCUGCGGGAGGAACGGAAACGCGAGGGUUCCGAAUACGGGGCCCUCAUCGAGGACAACAUCAAGAACGGCCGGAUCGUUCCGGUGGAGAUUACCUGCGCCCUGUUGGAGAACGCCAUGAUCAAAACCAAGGAGGCCACCGGCAACGAUAAAUUCCUGAUCGAUGGGUUCCCCCGCAACGAGGAUAACCUGCAGGGCUGGAACCGCAAGAUGGCCGACAAGGUCCAGCUGUUGUUCGUGCUGUUCUUCGAGUGCUCCGAGGACCAGUGCGUCCAGCGGUGCCUAAAGCGAGGCGAGAGCAGCGGCCGCUCCGACGACAACCUCGAAAGUCUGAAGAAGCGCUUCAACACCUACAUCAACGACACGAUGCCCAUCAUCGAGCACUACCGGAAGCAAGAUCUGGUGAAACCGAUCGACGCUGCCCCAGCUCCGGACGAUGUGUUUGAAGCGGUCAAAGCCGCCUUCAAGGGGUCGUACUAAGAGGGAGCUUUCCCCACGGGCGAGGGCGAGGACACCCGGAACAUGAGGUAAGACGGUGACGGUUAUCCAUUUUACGUUCGUAUACAACACACACACAGAGUUUACACAGUUCGUACUUUUUUUUUUGUUAAAUAAUAAUGGCAAGCAAAGCAAAGUGACAGAAGCGUAGUUCUAAUCGAGUCAUUCCGUACAGUUUUUGAACUUUUGAGUCGACAUACCUACAUAAGCCUACAACAGUCCCCGGGGCCGAUUCCGCAAUCCAACUAGCAACCAAAAAUGAAUCUUUAGAUGAUAUAUGCUGCAUGUGCUAGAAAACGCUCUUAGUCCAGCAUCGCCAAGAGAUGUGUUUAGUAUUUAUGUGUGAAUCAGUGAGUAUUAGCCGAAAGAGAGGGGGAGAUCGCCGCAAGAAGUGCUCGUUACUUUGUUGGUUCUUCGUUGGUCGGGAUGGGUUUGUAGUUCGAAUACCUAAAAAUAGGCAAUUAUUAUAUGUACUAGUUCCGUGGAAUGGAGUGACCGUUUGUUAGGUAAAGCGAAAGUUGAGGUCGAAUAAAUUCGGUGAGCAUUUUACUUGGCA